GACCAUAAACUAAUUCAAUUUUAGUUGAGAUCACAAGGUACUAGGUGAUUUUGAUCGAAAAUUCAUUGUUUGGUGUGGUUUGUUAAACGUGUGGUGUGCGAAAAGUGAUCCUAGUUUUUACUUUUACUCUUUAAAUUAAUAUAAAUUCUCGUAAAACAUGGCAGAUACAGAAGAACCAAUUUAUGCUCCAUUUUUUGGAGUUAUGGGGGCGGCAUCAGCAAUCAUUUUUAGUGCAUUGGGAGCAGCUUAUGGCACAGCUAAGUCUGGUACUGGAAUUGCAGCAAUGUCAGUUAUGCGACCAGAACUGAUUAUGAAAUCAAUUAUUCCCGUUGUUAUGGCUGGUAUUGUUGCUAUUUAUGGUUUAGUUAUUGCUGUACUGAUUGCUGGUAAAUUCAAAGCAGGAUACUCGUUAUUCAGUGGUUUUAUUCACUUGGGAUGUGGAUUGGCUGUUGGUUUCUCUGGUUUAGCUGCUGGUUUUGCAAUUGGAAUUGUUGGUGAUGCUGGUGUACGUGGUACAGCUCAACAACCACGAUUAUUCGUUGGAAUGAUUUUAAUUUUAAUUUUUGCAGAAGUAUUAGGUCUUUACGGUUUGAUUGUAGCUAUAUUUUUAUUCACAAAAACUACGGAUUAAAAUCAAUGUUAUCGUAUCUUCUAAUUCUAAACAUAAGAAUAUAUUCUGCCUUAUUUAAGAAAUUUUAUAGACCAAAUUUACCUACAAUGUUGUUUAAAAAAUUCU